AGGCAUUGGAGAUUUUCCGAAUCAGGUUUAGAGAAAGCUAGAAGAGAUUUAAAUGAAGGAGCAGUAGGACGAGUGAGAGCAAAACUAGAAGAAGAAAGAAUAGAUGAAGAUAUCAAGAUCUCAACUUCAGCCAUCGAAUAUUUAACAGUGGCAGAUGAAUUAUCAUUAGUUACAUUUUAUCUUACUAAGAUUUCACAACUUUGUAGAGCUUCGUUCUUCAGAUUACCAGAAAGUGUUGAAGCAUCUGCCAUGAGUUAUCUUAAACGGUUUUACCUUCGGAAUACAUGUAUGGAUUAUCAUCCUAAAAACAUCAUGUUAACUUGUCUUUUUCUAGCUACUAAAACUGAAAACACAUCGAUAUCCAUUGAUUCAUUCGCAUCAAGAAUCCCUAAGACGACCAACGAUGAUGUACUUUCGAUGGAAUUCUUAGUAGCUCAAUCAUUACGAUUCGAAUUUAAAGUUCAUCAUGCACAUUUAGCAGCUAGAGGGAUUUAUUUAGAUUUACAACAAACUUUGAUGAAUAGUGGGAUGGGAGAACAAGAUGAUAUAGAAGUGUUGAAUGAACGUUGGAUAGAAGUGAAAGAGUUAUUAAGGUUUAGUCGAUUGACUGAUGCGGAAUUUCUUUGGACUCCAAGUCAGAUUGCUACAGCUGUUUGGUGGAUAAUCGAACCUGAAAGGAUAACUGAAUGGAUCAAAUCUAAAGCACAAAGACUUUUGAUGAGUUAUUUACCGAGUUUGGUUGAAUUGAUUAAGAAAUCAAAGUCUACUUCGAUCGAUAAAGAAAGAGUUACAGCUAUUGAUAGAAGAUUGAAGUUUUGUAGAAACCCGGAAAAGGAUCCUAAUAGUAAUUUAUACAAAAUUAAAUUAAAACAAUCUGAACAGGAAGAAAUGGUAAAACAACAAGAAAAAAGUUUGAGAGAAAAAGUAGAUGAUCCAUUUACUUAG